AUGAAGCGGACGCGGGAGGUGGCCACGUGCGGUGGCUGCAAGCAGUCAACAAACGAGGGCCUACAGCUGCCGUGCGCCCACCAUUUUUGUCUGGCCUGCGCCUCCUCCGCCUUUCGCUCCACCGCACCGGGUGGUCUCGUUGAAGAGCCGGCCGGCAGGCUGGAAUGUGCGGAGUGCGGGACCAAGGUGGGUGCGGCGGAGCUCGAGGCCGACGGGUGGCUGGCGCUGCUCCAGCGACACCCCAAGGAGGCGCGCGGUGAAAAGGAGGCCUCGUCUACUGGGGGCGGCGAAGAGAACUCGAGUUACGAGAACGAGCACGACACAGGCAUGUCGGAGGAGAAGCAAGCGGUGCUGCUUCCCAGGGGCAUGUCACUGCGGGACCUAGUCAGUGGUGGCGGCGGCGUCGUGUCGCUAGUGGUGCCGACCGUGCCCGGCUCGUUCCCAUCACCGUGGCCCUUCGUGUCGGUGACGACAUCGUCAUCCGUGCCGACAGCGUCGUCAGCACCAUCAGAGAACCCGAGCGCCCCGCUGAGCGACACAGAGGGCUCGCUAGCCUCCCCGGCAGACAAGGCCACGACCACCACUACCACGCCCACGCCCACCAACACGGACUCGGCCGAGAGAAUAGCACAGGUGGAGGCGGAGGCGCUGUUCCAGCGAGGCCUGACGUGCGAGAAGACCGAAGACGGGGACCUGCAGGAGGCCCACGACUGCUACAAGCGGGCGGCCGAGGCCGGCCACACGGAGGCGUCCUACCGCUACGGCGUGUGCCUCAAGCACGGCAAGGGCACCGAGAAGAACCCCGAGACCGCCUUCUCCUGGUUCAUGAAGGCCGCCGAGGCCGGCCUUGCCGCCGCGCAGUACAAUGUGGGGUGGUGCUAUCGGUACGGGUGCGGUGUGGCCCGCAACUACGACCUGGCCUUCCGCUGGUACUCCAAGGCCGCCGACCAACACUACUCGCACGGCAUGUUCGCCGUGGGGAAGGCCUACAGCAAGGGCUGGGGCGUCGAACAGAACCCCGAAAAGGCUUUCGAAUGGUACACCCGGGCUGCGGAGGCGGGAAGUGGUGAGGCGCAGUGCAACCUUGGGUGUUGCUAUGCGCGAGGACAGGGCACGCCCAAAGACAUGGAGAAGGCGCGGGUGUGGUAUGCCAAGGCAGCGGAGCAGGGGAACGUCCCCGCGCAGGCCAACCUGGGCGUGAUGUACCUCAAGGGCGAUGGCAUCGCACCGGACAUCAACCAAGCCAUUCACCUCCUCAGCCAGGCCGGGAAUCAUGGCAACCUCAAGGCCCAAUUCCACCUGGGCACCACCUACUUUUUUGGCGAUCAAACCGAGCGAGACUACUGCAAAGCCGCCGAAUGGUUCUUGAAGGGUGCCGAACAGGGCGAUGCUGUUUGUGCGUUCAAUGUGGGCGUCAUGUACAACAACGCGCUCGGUGUGGCCAAGAAUCUGAGGGAGGCCAUCCGUUGGCUGCUCCUGGCGGAGGAGAAGGGCUACGACGACGUGCCGGACACCAUGAACGACAUCAUCGGCGACAGCGCCGCCGCCCUCCUUCCCAUCCUCACCGAGAAGGCCGAAGAGGGCUCCGCAUUGGGCCAGUAUUACCUGAGCCAGGUCUACACACGCCUCACUCCUCCGGACACGAAGGCGUCGUCCUACUGGAGCGAGAGGGCGGCGGGGCAGGGCCACAAGGAGGCCAUGUACGAUCUGGGCAACCUGCUGUUGACCGGGGACGGCGUGGAACGCAACACCGAGAAGGGCAUCGCCUGGCUCAAGCGCGCGAUCGAGGCCGGCAGCAUCGACGCUAUCUAUCGCCUCGGGCUCCUGUAUUACGAGGGAAAGGAAGUGGGACGCGAUUACAGGAAAGCGUUCAAGCAUUUCACCCGCGCUGCCAAUGCGGGAGACGUCACGGCGGCCUAUCGCGUCGGCAAGAUGUACGCGCGAGGGAUCGGAGUGGAACAGAACGGCAAGAAGGCGGCCAAGUGGUUCGUGCGGGCCGCGGCGCAGGGACAAGUGGGCGCCUUCUACGCCGAGGCUGCUCUGUACGACCAGGGCGUACUCGUUCCGCGCGACGAAGCCCUCGCUUUUGCCAGGUACACGCAAGCGAUGAUCUACGAGUACCCGAAAGCGUUCCGACCACUGGCGGACAUGUAUUACGAAGGACGUGCGACGUCCAAGGACCUCGAAAUGGCCAAGCGGCUCUACAAGAAAGCCGCCAAGAACGGCGACGAACUCGCCCAGAAAAAACUGGAGGAACUGUGCGCUCUGCAAGGAGCGGGUGGGGCGGCGGAGAUGGAGAUCGACAGCGAGAGCAUGAAGAUGCUGGCGCAGGAGGCGGACGAAGGCGACGACGAGGCACGACGGCAGCUGGCCGCCCUACUGGUGGCACGGUGGGGCAAGGUCUUCCGCCAGUCCUUCAACAGCCUCUCGUGA